UUCCCCCUUGUCUGUGUCCUAACAGGGGCUGGAGAAUCAGGAAAAAGCACCAUUGUGAAGCAAAUGAAGAUCAUCCAUGAAGAUGGCUUCUCCGGGGAAGACGUGAAACAGUACAAGCCUGUUGUCUACAGCAACACCAUCCAGUCCCUGGCGGCCAUUGUCCGGGCCAUGGACACUUUGGGCAUCGAAUACGGUGACAAGGAGAGAAAGGCCGAUGCCAAAAUGGUGUGUGACGUGGUGAGUCGGAUGGAAGACACUGAGCCCUUCUCCCCAGAGCUGCUGUCCGCCAUGAUGCGACUGUGGGGCGACUCAGGAAUCCAGGAGUGCUUCAACCGCUCUCGGGAGUAUCAGCUCAACGACUCUGCCAAAUACUACCUGGACAGCCUGGAUCGGAUCGGGGCUGCGGACUACCAGCCCACCGAGCAGGACAUCCUCCGAACCAGGGUCAAAACCACCGGCAUUGUAGAAACCCACUUCACAUUCAAGAACCUCCACUUCAGGCUGUUCGACGUCGGGGGCCAGCGGUCUGAGCGCAAGAAGUGGAUCCACUGCUUCGAGGACGUCACCGCCAUCAUCUUCUGCGUGGCGCUCAGCGGCUACGACCAGGUGCUCCACGAAGACGAGACCACGAACCGCAUGCACGAGUCUCUCAUGCUCUUCGACUCCAUCUGUAACAACAAGUUCUUCAUCGAUACCUCCAUCAUCCUCUUCCUCAACAAGAAAGAUCUCUUUGGCGAGAAGAUCAAGAAGUCACCUCUGACCAUCUGCUUCCCUGAAUACACAGGCCCCAAUACCUACGAAGACGCAGCCGCCUACAUCCAAGCACAAUUUGAGAGCAAAAACCGCUCACCCAACAAAGAAAUUUAUUGUCACAUGACUUGUGCCACAGACACGAAUAAUAUCCAGGUGGUAUUCGACGCCGUCACCGACAUCAUCAUUGCCAACAACCUCCGGGGCUGCGGCUUGUACUGACCUCUUGUCCUGUAUAGCAACCUAUUUGACUGCUUCCCGGACUCUGCUGUUGACGUUGACCUCCCGUAGCAUGACCUUUGGGCCUUUGUAAGACACACAGCCUUUCUGUACCAAGCCCCUGUCUAACCUACGACCCCAGAGUGACUGAUGGCUGUGCACUUUCGUAGAAUGCUGUAGAAUUCGGUUUUAGUUGAGUCUUUCCAUUUAGAAUUUGAAAGGGGGGGGGAAAAAUAAAAGAACAUUACUCACGUGCUUUGUUAGCUUAAAAACAAAAGGGAAAGGGAAAACCCAUUUCCUCCAUCUACUUUUCUUAUUUUUUGUAAGUAAGCAAGCACCCCCAUCUGCGCUCCACCACGGAGCUGGGCCGGUCCUCGCCUGCGCAGUGGGCGGGGUUGGGCAGCUGCGCUCAGGCCAUGCCCCUGGAGCCUUGCAGCCAAUCGACGUGGGUGGGGGCCCCCAAGCCCCGACCGAAGCCACCCCAACCACACCCUCCCUCCAGGUUUGUAGAGGACAAGCACAGCCCCCACUGGCCAGUAGCUCCCAAAAAAGAAUCCCAAAGAGCCCUCUAGCAGCCACCCAGCCCCUUGCGGAAGAGUUCCUCGGACAGGCACGGUGUCUCACCCCGCAGUGGCGCUCCCAGCCUGCGGGCAGCGAGGUUGUGCCGGCUCCUGCGCCCGUGCCCACCCGCAGUCUCGGGGUGCCUCCCUUGCCCCCUUCUCCCGUCAGUGGCCCGUGUCCGCUGCUUCUCGCGUGGGGAUGUUUGUGCUGUAGACAAAAAGAACCACAACUUAAAUACAAGGUGGAAGGAAAAACCACGGAGAGGACAGACCAAGAGGGACUGUAGUGUUUACAUUAAAGCCACAGCUUCAUGGCCGGCCCCAUGCCAUUUCUAUCGACUUAGCGUCCAGACCCCUCCACAGUUUUACUUUUAAGACUUAAUAUUUGCUGAAGACUAGUCACAGCCAUUUCAAACUGAAAAGGAGGCAAAAAGACAACACACACAAAAAUUUAAAAACCUAGGGAAAAAAAACUUGAAAAACAGAAAAAAGAAAAAAAAGCCCACGGGUCUUUCUAAGCCUUUCUAUUCCCAAUCGGUGAGGUUUCUGUGAUAUCUUACACACUGCCAGUCUACUUCUCAAAUGGAAAAUUCAUGUGUAGCUCAAUAAAGAGAAUGUUUGUCUGUA